GAAGUGAACCAGAUCAUAAAGGAGGCCCUGAAACAGCACAGUGAAGAUCGAAUCGGGCUUGUGGAUUAUGCCCUGGAGUCCUCAGGAGCCAGCAUUGUCAGUAGCGGCUCCUCAGAGACAUAUGGCAUCAGGACGGAGUGGUCUGCCCAUUUCACUCUGUUGGGCAUCCCAUUGUGGCGCUAUUUCCAGUCGCCAAGAGUCAUCCUCCAGCCAGAUGUGUACCCUGGCAACUGCUGGGCAUUCCGGGGCCCCCGGGGCUUUGUCGUGGUGCGCUUGUCUGCCUGGAUCCAGCUCACUGCCAUCACUUUGGAGCACGUGCCCAAAGCCCUGUCCCCAAACAGUGACAUCCCCAGUGCCCCAAAGGACUUUGUCAUCUUGGGUCUCAAUGAAGAUUCCCAGAUGGAGGGGGUUGCCCUGGGGCAAUUCACCUAUGAGAAUGCUGGGGAGGCCAUUCAGACCUUCCCCUUUCAGGGCAACGGCACAGCUCCAUACCAGCUGGUAGAGUUUCGAGUAUUGAGUAACUGGGGUCACCCGGACUAUACCUGCAUUUACCGUUUCCGGGUCCAUGGCAAGCUUGCCAAUUAGCACCUCCCUCCGGGAUCCCUUCACCCUUUCCUCCUUCCACCACCAGCAAACAGCUCCCCCACCUCCUCCUCCCUCCCCCAGGCUCAUUCCCUUCUGGCCGCUGAGACAUCUGGGAGAGAGACAUCUAGAAAGUGGGAGCCCACCUCCGUGGAGCCAUCUUGUCCCAC